UUAUAUCAGUCCUCGGCUCACCAGGAAAGUUGUAGAAGGUAGCUCCAGCUAUAAAGCAUGAGAGUGAUGAGAGAAAAGGUUGAGAAAAGAGCAUAAAAAAAUGGGAAAGUUGAAGUCAAGUGUCAUUUCAUCAGAUUUGGUUCACCGUGGUAUUCUACUUUUCCUACUUCUUUUAUCACUCUAUUCCAUUGAACCAGCGUCUUGUGCCUCCAGAGUGAAGUUCCUUCCAGGAUUCGAGGGACCCCUUCCUUUUGUUCUUGAAACUGGGUAUGUGGGAGUGGGAGUGGGAGUGGGAGAAUCAGAGGAUGUGCAGACAUUUUACUACUUCAUUGAGUCAGAUAACAACCCCAAGGAAGAUCCUCUCCUGCUUUGGCUAUCCGGUGGCCCUGGUUGCUCAGGCCUAAGUGCCCUUUUUCUUGAAAUAGGUCCACUUGCAUUAAAACAGGAGGAGUACAAUGGAGGUCCACCCAACUUGAUCUUCAGGAAUCAAUCAUGGAACAAGGUUAGUAACAUUAUAUAUGUAGACUUGCCUGUUUUCACAGGCUUUACUUAUGCCACAACAGAACUUGCUGCUCAAAGUAGAGAUACGUUGUUAGCUCGUCAAGCCCAUCAAUUUCUAAGGAAGUGGUUAAUUGAUCAUCCAAAAUUUUUGUCAAACGAAGUUUACAUUGCUGGUGAUUCAUAUUCUGGCAUUCCCGUUCCAGCAAUUGUUCAAGAAAUUGCACAAGGUAAUGAGAAAGGGUUUCAACCAAGGAUAAAUCUCCAGGGAUACCUUUUGGGGAAUCCAAUAACAACUAGAAGGGAGCAUGACUAUGGAAUCCCUUUUGCUCAUGGAAUGGCACUUAUUUCUGAUGAACUAUAUGAGUCCCUACAAAAAAAUUGUAAAGGAAACUACGUCGAUGUGGACUCCGAAAAUGUAUUAUGCUAUAAAGAUAUGGAGUUAUUCAAUAAGGUAUGCAUUUUCUCUUUUUUCUAUCCUUUUUUUCGUAUGAAAGUUUGGUGACUAGAAUUUUUAGUG